AUGGUUUUCUUUGAUUUCAAGUCAGACAAACACUUCGUUACCUCCUCUGACGAAACCGCCAUUAGAGUAUGUGAGUUGAGCGAUCCUACUAUUCACCCUUCCUAUAUCCGAAAGACUCAUUGGAAGGAAGUUGGCACCAUCAUCAUCCUCGAUAGUGAUGAUAAUGGAGACGACAAAGACUUGGCGGAAGAGCAGUACUACGACGGGCUGUUGUUUUUCGAUGGCCAUGGGAAGAUCGAGGGACAGGAAGCCCUCACCAAGCUAGCCCGACACCUCACUCGGUCGGGUCUGAUUGUGAACCCUGGAGGGUAUUGCUUUCAAGACGUGACUGAGCUGGGAGAGCACAGAGACUCUGAGGCUCACUAUCUCCGAUUGAACGAUCUCUUCAGCUGGGCCAAUCACGGGAUUGAGUUGGUGAGGAUUACCAUGUGGUCGCGGUUGGAGUUGAAGUACACCGUGUCAAGGAAAAAGAAAAUAUCAAAGCAACUGAUGGUGGGAGGUGGGGUGAGCAAAGAGAAGUAUGAAGAGUUGAAAAGGAUGUUGAGCAAGAAGGAUGAGGAGCUGGAGAAGGUAACCAACGAAAUGGAAGACGAGAUACAAAAAUUAACGGAGAAAAAAGAAGAAGAGCUACAAAAGCUAAGAGAAGAGAUGGAAGAGACGAUCGAAAAGAAAGACGCGGAGCUACGAAAGGUGAAGAGACAAAGGGAUGAGGCGAAGCGUCCGAAACCGAUGAUGUCCGAAGGGGUGAGCAAAGAGAAAUACGAGGGGUUGAAAAGGAUGGCCAGAGAGAAGGACGAGGAGCUAGAGAAGCUGAGGGAGGAGUCGGAAGAAGAUCUACAAAAACUUAGGGAUGAAAAAGAUGGGGAAAUACGAAAGCUAAAAGAGGAGAUGGAGGAUGCAAGCGAAAAGCACGAGGAGGAGCUGCGAAAGUCGAGAAAGGAAAAGGACGAGGUGCAAAAGCAGUUGAAGAGAAACGACGGCGUGCAGCAGACGCUCAAAAGGGCGAGCGACGACUUGCAAAAUUUGAGGAAGGAGAAGGUCGAGGAAUUGCGAAAGCUAAGAGAGGAAAUGCAAGAAAAGAUAGAAAUGGGGAGAAAGGAGAAAGAUGAAGAAAUAGAGGCAUUGCAAAGAGAAACAAAAGAGGGAGCAAAGUCGAGCAAAGAGCAGGACGAGGAACUAAAAAAAUUGAGAGAGGAGGUAGAAACUCUGAGAAGGACUAGGGAUGAUGAAGCGGGUAAAGCAGCAAAGAAGGAGGAGGAGAUGGCAAAAGUGCUCGAAAGUGAGCGAAAGAACAAAGAUGAAUCAUUGCAGAGGUUGAUCAACGAAAAGGAUGCCGAGCUCGAAAAGCUGAAGAAAGAGCAGGAAGAAACGACGAAAGAGAAUGCAGCUGAAACGAGAAGGCUGAGCGACCAGCUGGAGCAACUUGAGCUGGAGCAACGUCGGAAGCAAUCGUGGGCGCACCCACCUACGACACAGUACACCAAUGAUUGGGUAGUCCAUAAAAGCAAAAGACGGGCGGUGCCACCAAAUACUUGGUCCACCGGUAGUAUGAAAUCUGUAUACUAUUAUGAGAACAAUAUGACGGCGGACUUCACGGGUUUCUUUCAGGGAAACAUUUCAGUUCAAGUGGUGGAUGAAGACACCAAAGAUUGGCCGGCUCCCCCUAGAAUUGAUAUAUGUUUUAUGAGCAACGAAUCAUUCGACCGUAGCAACUGGUGGUUUGUGAAGAUAUCCCAUCCGGAUGGCGGCGAUAUCAUGUUGGCAUAUUACGACGGGGAUGAGAGCUAUACUCCUGGCUUCAGAGGUUAUCCUACCCGGCUUCCAAUUCGUAGGGUGUCUGUUAUGUUGACAAACACGAUUUUCUUCAUGAUUUAUUUGAACGGCGAAUUCAAGCUUGCUUUCAUGUAUCGAGACUAA